GCCAGCGGCGCCGAGUCUCAGCCCCGCGCGGCCUCGACUCCGUCCCGCGGAUUAAAACAAAACAAAAAAAAAUUCUCUCUCUCUCUUCCCCCCCUCCACCCCCUCUGCCAAAUCAAACAACACCCCCCCUCCUCCUUUCCCAGUCACGUUUAUUAUUAUUUUGUGUACGAUUAUAGCUUUUAAAAUUAAACAACUUUCGCUGCUGUAGUAGCGCGCGCGUCUCUGCGUGAGGGGGAGGAGGAGGCGGCGGCGGCCCUGGCUCUGGCCCUCGCUUUUCGGCCGAGACCCCCCCGGCGACUCGGCGGCGGCCUCUCGCCUCAGCCGGGGCAAGCUUCCCGCGACGUCGCGGCUUGCCUACCCCCCCGCCCGCCUGCCCGCCCCCAUUCCCUUCCUCAUCCAACCCUGUCCCCGCUUUGUUCUCACCGCGAUUUUGUCGAUUGAACGAGUCGCGAUUAAAACUUAAGACGAACCGGGGUGAAGAUUUUUUUUUUAAAUUUGCAAACAAACAAUUUUGUUUUUAUCAGCUCGCCGCGCUGAGGGAAAUUCCGCCCCGUCCGUCGAUCGCGCAUCGCGGGGUGGUGGUGGGGUGGUGGUGGUACGGCCUCUUGUGUGCCGAGACUAAAAGGAGCGUUCAAGAUCGGCGACGUUUCGGGGGCUAUGUGCCCUUCUUUGCAGCGCGUCAAACAAUAGCAUUGUUUUAGUGGUGGGGGGGGGGUUUUGUUGUUGUUAUCGUCGUCGUUCCCGUCCGUUUUCGUCGAGGCGUAUAGGUUCGACGCCGUUUUAUUCUUUGUGUAAUUAUUGUGACGGACGCACGCACGGACGGACGCACGCGAGGCGAUAAAGACGAGCGGGGUGAUAAAGACGAGCGGGGCGAGAUGUCGAAGAGCAACGGCGACGCGGGACUCAAGUGGGUGACCGUGUUCGACACGCAACAUGCAGAGGGCGGCAAGACGGCCCCGGCCGGCACGGCGGGCGGCGACCCCUCCAAGCGGCUGUCGGUGGAGCGGAUCUACCAGAAGAAGACGCAGCUGGAGCACAUCUUGCUGCGGCCCGACACCUACAUCGGCUCCAUAGAGCCCACCACCCAGAACAUGUGGAUUUUCGACGAGGACCUGGGACUCAAUAAUCGAGAGAUCACCUUCGUCCCGGGCCUCUACAAGAUCUUCGAUGAGAUUCUCGUGAACGCUGCCGACAACAAACAGAGGGACAAGAACAUGACGUGCAUCAAGAUUACAAUCGAACCGGAGACCAACACCGUGAGCGUGUGGAACAACGGGAAGGGCAUCCCCGUGGUGGAGCACAAGGUGGAGAAGAUGUUCGUCCCAGCGCUGAUCUUCGGCGAGCUCCUCACCUCCAGCAACUACAAUGACGAAGAGAGGAAGGUCACAGGUGGGAGGAACGGCUACGGCGCAAAGCUCUGCAACAUCUUCAGCAAGAAGUUCACGGUGGAGACGGCCUGCAAGGAGUCCAAGAAGCAGUUCAAGCAGACGUGGACCGAGAACAUGGGCAAGUCGAGCGACUCCAAGAUCCGCUAUUUCGACGGCAGCGACUUCACGUGCGUGACCUUCCAGCCCGACCUUGACAAGUUCGGCAUGAGCAGCCUGGACAAGGACAUCGUGGCGCUGAUGACGCGCCGCGCCUACGACAUCGCCGGCUCGUGCAAGGGCGUCAAGGUGUUCCUCAAUGGCAAGAAGCUGCCCGUGACCGGCUUUCGCAGCUACGUGGACAUGUACAUGAAGGACAAGGUGGACGAGACGGGCAACAUACUCAAGGUGGUGCACGAGGUGGUGGGCGAGCGCUGGGAGGUUUGUCUCACCGCUAGCGACAAGGGCUUCCAGCAAGUCAGCUUCGUCAACAGCAUCGCCACCACCAAGGGCGGCCGCCACGUCGACUACGUGGCCGACCAGGUUGUCGCUAAACUCAUCGAGGUCGUCAAGAAAAAGAACAAGGCUGGGGUGCUUGUGAAGCCCUUCCAGGUUAAGAACCACAUCUGGCUUUUUGUGAACUGCCUGGUGGAGAAUCCGACCUUCGACUCCCAGACCAAGGAGAACAUGACUCUGCAGCACAAGCGUUUUGGCUCGACGUGCCAACUCUCGGAGAAGUUCACCAAGGCGGCCACCAACUGCGGCAUAGUGGAGAGCAUCCUGAACUGGGUGAAGUUCAAGGCUCAGACUCAGCUCAACAAGAAGUGCUCCUCCGUGAAGCACUCCAAGCUGCGGGGCAUCCCCAAACUGGAUGACGCCAACGAUGCCGGAGGGCGCAACUCCCAGAGCUGCACGCUCAUCCUGACAGAGGGCGACUCGGCCAAGACUCUGGCCGUGUCGGGGCUGAGUGUGGUUGGGCGCGACCGCUACGGAGUCUUCCCCCUGCGCGGCAAGAUGCUCAACGUCCGCGAAGCGUCGCACAAACAGAUCAUGGAGAACCAGGAGAUCAACAGCAUCAUCAAGAUCAUGGGCCUGCAGUACAAGAAGAGCUAUGAGGAUGCCGAGUCCCUGCGCUCGCUCCGCUACGGCAAGCUCAUGAUCAUGACCGAUCAGGACCAGGACGGCUCCCACAUAAAGGGGCUCCUCAUCAACUUCAUCCAUCACAACUGGCCCUCGCUGCUCAAGCACCACUUCCUGGAGGAGUUCAUCACGCCGCUGGUCAAGGUGACCAAAAACAAGCAGGAGCUGCCCUUCUACAGCCUGCCUGAGUUCGAGGAGUGGAAGAAGGGCUCGGAGCUCAACAAGACCUGGAGAGUGAAGUACUACAAAGGUCUGGGCACGAGCACGGCGAAGGAGGCGAAGGAAUAUUUUGCGGAGAUGGAGCGGCACCGCAUCCCCUUCCGCUACAUCGGCACCGAGGAUGACAACGCCAUCACUCUGGCGUUCAGCAAGAAGAAAGUCGACGACCGUAAAGAGUGGCUCACCAACUGGAUGGAGGAUCGCAGGCAGAGGCGGUUGCACGGGCUGCCCGAGCAAUUCCUGUACGGCAAGGAGACCAAGUACCUGACCUACAACGACUUCAUCAACAAGGAGCUCAUCCUCUUCUCCAACUCCGACAACGAGCGCUCCAUCCCUUCGCUGGUUGACGGGUUAAAACCCGGGCAGAGGAAGGUCCUCUUCACCUGCUUCAAGCGCAACGACAAGCGCGAGGUGAAGGUGGCGCAGCUCGCCGGCUCUGUGGCCGAGAUGUCGGCUUACCAUCACGGAGAGCAAUCGCUGAUGAUGACCAUCAUCAACCUGGCGCAAAACUUCGUGGGCAGCAACAACGUGAACCUCCUGCAGCCCAUCGGGCAGUUCGGCACUCGCCUCCACGGUGGCAAGGACGCCGCCAGCCCCCGUUACAUCUUCACCAUGCUCAGCCCGCUGGCACGCAUGCUGUACCCGGCCGUGGACGACAACCUGCUGCGCUUCCUGUGGGAUGACAACCAGCGCGUGGAGCCCGAGUGGUAUUGCCCCAUCAUCCCGCUGGUGCUGGUGAACGGCGCCGACGGCAUCGGCACGGGCUGGGCCUCGAGGAUCCUCAACUACGACACGCGGGAGAUCGUCAACAACAUCCGGCGCAUGCUCGACGGAGAAGAACCCCUGCUCAUGGGUCCCAGGUACAAGAACUUCAAGGGCACCAUCGAUGAACUGGGUCCCAACCAGUACCUGAUGAGCGGGGAGGUGGCCGUGCUGGACUCCACCACGGUGGAGAUCACGGAGCUUCCUGUGCGCACUUGGACACAGGCAUACAAGGAGACGGUCCUGGAGCCCAUGCUGACGGGCACAGACAAGACGCCGCCGCUGAUCUCCGACUACAAGGAGUACCACACGGACACCACCGUCAAGUUCGUGAUCAGGAUGAGCGAGGAGAAGCUCACGCAGGCCGAAGCCACCGGGCUCCACAAGGUCUUCAAGCUGCAGAGCUCAGCCACCUGCAACUCCAUGGUUCUCUUUGACCACAUGGGCUGCCUGCGGAAGUACGAGUCCGUGGCCGACAUCCUGCGCGAGUUCUACGAGCUGCGCAUCAAGUACUACAGCCUGCGCAAGGAGUGGCUGGAGGGCAUGCUCCACGCCGAGUCCUCCAAGCUCAACAACCAGGCGCGCUUCAUCCUCGAGAAGAUCGAGGGCAAGAUCACCAUCGAAAACAAACCAAAGAAAGAGCUCAUCCAGAUGUUGCUGAAGCGCGGCUACGACUCGGACCCCAUCAAGAACUGGAAAGACGCCCAGGAGAAGGCUGUGGACGGCGGCGGCGGUGGUGCUGACAGCGACAGCGACGCCUCUGACGCGGCCGGAGGCACUGGCCCCAACUUCAAUUACAUCCUCAACAUGCCGCUGUGGAGCCUGUCGCGUGAACGCAAGGACGAGCUCGUGAAGCAGCGUGACAUCAAGGCCAAGGAGCUGUUGGAGCUGAAGCGGAAGAGUCCCUCGGAGCUGUGGAAGGAGGACCUGGCCACCUUCGUGGAGGAGCUGGACCGAGUGGAGGCCCAGGAGCGCGAGGAAGAGGUGAGCAGCAUGUCCACCAAGGCCGUCAAGGGCAAGGUGGGCAAGCCCAAGAUGAAGCGCCUGCAGCUGGAGGAGACGCAGCCGUCCCUGCACGGCCGCCGCGUUGUGCCGCAGGUCACGCUGGCCAUGAAGGCCGAGGCCAGCAAGAAGUUGGGCCGCAAAAAGGUCAAGACGGAGGGCGUCGAUGGAACGCCGGUCAAGAUGGAACCUGGCGAGGACGGUGGCGGCGGUGGCGGCGGUGGCGAAGACUCUGAGUCCCAGCCGCUCGUCCGGCGAACCGCCAAGCGGGCUCCCAAAACGGACAAGUCCGAGCCUGGCAGUAAGUCGGCGCGCAAGGGAACGGCGUCCAAGAAGCCCAAGAGGAACCCGUGGUCGGACUCGGACGGGAGCGAUGACCUGGAAGACAAAUCCGUCAGCGAUGCGGACGACAUGAGCAUUGGCCUCGUGCCGCGGGAGAACGUCCCACGCCGGGCUGCCGCGAUGAAGCCCAAGAAGUUCACGUUUGAUUUCUCGGACGGGGAUGACGAAGACGACGACGAGGUGGUGAGCAGCCCCCCGCGGAGGGUCCGCUCCAAGUCCCCCCCAAGCCCCGUGGCCAAGAAGAAGACCUCCUCCUUCGACUUCUCUGACAAGGAGGAUGAGGACGACGUCGCUCUGCCUCCACCUCCUCCGCCGACCAAGGCCAAAGAGGCCGUCGAUAAGCGGGCGCCGGAGCCUCGCAAGGGCUGGAAGUCGACGGAGUUCGACUGGGACGAGGUGAUGGGCACCCCCUCUCACCCGCCGCAGGCGCCCGCCGCUUCCGCCACGACCAGCAGCCCCGCCAAGCCCGCGUUGAGCAGCGACGACGAGAAACCUGCGAGCGCGGCCAGCCCCCUCGUCUCGUCGCACGCCUCCACCAAGCCGCCCGCCGCCGCCACCUUCCCCGCCAAGAAGCCAGCCGCGUCGAAAAAACAGUCCCCGGCCGCCAAAGACGGGGACAAAGCCAAGAAGAAGCCCAGCGCCAAGUCCAAGAAGCCGCUGAGCAUGGACUCGGACAACGACAGCGACGAGGUCGCCUCCUCGCGCAAGCCGGCGCCGGCCGCCAAGGGCAAGGGUGGCGGCAGCAGGAAGAGGAAGGUGGCUGCCUCCGACUCGGAGAAGUCUGACGGGGAGUACAGCCCGCAGAAGAAGGUGACGGCCAAGGCCGCCACCGCCCUCUCCGCGGCGACUGGCAAGGCCGGCAGAGGGGCCGCCGGAGGCAGCAAGAAGGGCAAGAAGGCGGUCGUGUCGGACGACGAGGGCUCGGCAGGCGUGGACAGCGACGACGGGGUAGGGGCCGGGGCCAAGGGAGCGGGGGCCGGAGCCAAGGGGGGCGGCUCAUCGAGGGGCGCCCAGCAGAGGGAGCGCCCGGGGCGCGCGCGCAAGCAGGUGAAGUACUGCGAGGCCUCGGACGACGACGACAACGACGAUGACUUCUUGGGCUGAAACGUGGGACCCCCCCCCCCGCUCCCGCGUCCAUCACCCUCCCCCCCCCCCACCGCCCACUUCGCCCCCCCCUGCCGGCCGCCCAGCCAAGUGUUCGUCCGGGAGAGAUUGGUGGGUGCCAGUCCACUCGUUGAUGUCCUUUUUGCAAAAAAAAAAAAUUAUUAUAAAUCCGGGUCGUGGAGGGAGAAGAUGUGUGUCUGUAAGCGUGCGUGCCAGCGUUAUGUCGCGCCGCGCCAAUGGGUUCGGGGUUGGGUUUCAGGACGAGGUGUGAGCGUAAGUGAUUGCGUGCGUGUGUGUGUGCGGGUUCAGCCAGCAGUAUUAGUGAUUGGAUUAGUGUUAGGGUGUAGAGAUUGGAUGCGUGUUACGGUUUAGAGAUGGAUUAAUGUUCGGGAUAGAGUUUGGUUGAGGCUUAGGCGAGUGGUUUUGGGAAGCGUGAUACGUGUUGGGGUUGGAGUUUAUUGUCAUGGUUAGUGCUACAGUAAGAGUCAGGGUUAUAGUUAAUGUUAGGGAUAUAGUAUGGUGGGGGUGAAUUUUCGGCUUAGCGUUAGCGGCUCCAGGUACGUUUGGAGAUUGGGAUAGAAUUGGGAUGAGUGUUUGAGAGUUCUAAUUAUAAUCGUGUUUAAACUAGUGUUGGGGUUAUAGUCGCGGGUGGCGUUUGUGUUCACAUUCACGUAGGAGCCUGGGGUAUACAUCAUAGACCAGCGAGCUGCUGGGUGAAAAUGGGGAAAGAGGAAGGCGGAGGAGGAGAGAUUAAGCGAGAGCCCACGGCCGGUCCGCCGAACUGCAGGGUGCGGGUUGAACCCCCUGCCGUGUGUCCCGCAGCGCACCGCUCACCGUGGCCAGCGUUGACUUACUUCAGAGCCGUCCUUGUGUGGCUGCCGCCGCUCUCACACGCACCCUUGGGUUCGAAGCCAGGUUCAAGUUUUAUUUUUUAUUUUGUUUAACCAGUUGAGCACUCGAGAGAACGAGGUGCUGUCUCAUUUGCAAGCGUGACCCAGGACAUUAAGUCUGCCAGGCCGGGCGACGAUUGAGUAAAUUACGGCAUAAGAUUUUUAGUUUUUUUAAAUGUGGACUUUUGACUCCUGCGCACUGUAAAGCAGAUGGCGCGUGGUGUUAUUACUGUGGCUAAAUGCGCAGCACCACCACAACCGCAGUAAUAACCAGGGCGGGACGCUUGAUUCCAACCGUGAAGCUCUGCAACAAACGAACGCGCCAUCGCCAGGCCGCUGAGUCACGAUUGACUGCGCCAAAAAAUAAGUCCACCCCCCCCCCCCCCCCCCAUCAUCGGAAAAUUAUGAUUCUUCACUUAAUUUGUCUUUGGGCUGCCUCAGGAAAGUGUUAAACAUCGCCCGCUUUCCAUGCGACGAACUCGCCGCGCAGAGCAUACAAAUGAACGUUUUUUGCCGCCUCAUGUGGACGAUUAAGACCUCCUGGAGGGACUUCACCAAAGUCGUAGUUUCGUGACGUUCCAGCUCUCCGACAAGCGGCCGCAUGUCAGCGCUCCGCGAGGGUUCCCGAACGGUUAGCCCCCUUCGUCUCGCAUGUGACAACGAUAGCACACGUGCAAUGUCGUUUGGAGAAGCUUGCAAAAACAAUUUUCGUGUGAAAACCCUCUUCGCUUAUCCCGUGGCUGCCCACGACUCUCCUUCUACUCCUCCUCCUCCUCUCUUUUUCCCCCGGCUCUCUGUCCGCCCGCCCGCCCGUGUAUGUGCGCACGGCUGCUCGGUUUCGCGCACGCGGGGAGCUCGUCCGCGUUCCGAGCACCUCGGCUGUCCGACUCGUGGCACCGCGAAGAGGAGGUGAGAGCCCCUCGCACACGGCGCCAUCACCGCCCAUCCACUUCCGUCAAACAAACGUCAGUCUGAUAAUCUGCGCUCAAAUGAGGAUUGAGGCAUCGGCGUUCAUCUCCCGUUUACAGCCGCCCCACCCCCCCCGAGCCAUUGAUGGAAGCUCCACGUUGUUAUGGCGACGGCGGCGACGAGUUUGAUCCGCAGGACAAACCGCCGUUGACUUACCCACGAAGCGGCGCUCUCGCCUGCCGCUGUGCAAGCGAUGGAGAGCGGUGUGCCCACAUUCCGAGCGUGUUUCGUGUUGAGAGCAUCGCGCACCACCUCCGACUGCACCGCUCGUGUUAGCUCUGUGGGACGUGCGACGAUUCAUCGCCGUUCACCUUCAUCGUCAGCCGAAGUUUGCGUAAUCCCGCAUGGGCUUUCCUCCCCUGGAGUUCUCCGAUUUUCUCCCAUAGCUGAUAGGCAACAUGCAGAGUUUAAUUAAUUGGCGAUUGGCCAAAAACCCCCCAAGUCUCACAGGAGUCUCCUGAAAAACAAAGAUAAGUCUGCGGACUCUUCAGGCGGUCGAGUGGCUUUUCCCCGAGUGAAUCGAUUCAAACCUCUUUUGUUGCUGCCAAGUGAUGGCGAUCUCUUUUGCUUCUCUCAUUUGCACCGAAAGUGGCCACCUUUUUGUACAAGCAACUAAUUUGAUAUAUGGAUAUAUUUAACAACUUAAUGGUUAACUCUUUGUCAAGUCACGGGGCUGCGUUCGGAGCCGGAGUGGGGGGUGUGGGGCAGUGCAGCAAAAUCCACCGUUGUACUCUACUCCGCUCCCAACGCCUACGCUACUCCCCUGCACCUAUGCGUUGCAAUGGUCCAGCGGGGUGAAGUAUGCCAGAUAGCUCCCCCACCUUCCCCCCCCCCUCCACCCCCUCCCCCAGCACACACGGUGUGGGGAAGCUCUCAUCCAGCAAUGGAUUGCGACACAUUGUUUCUGCUAUCACUUGGGGCUUCACACCAGCUACCUCCAGCGCGCGUACGCGCGUAGCGAUGUCGAUUACGUUGGAAGCAUCCCCUGCGGUACAGCGCUGCGAAGGUGAAUGAAAUAGAUCUUGUGAAUUAAUAUUUAUCCAAAUUGAAUGAGUCGAUCUUUAAAUGAAUUCAUAGCUAGGUGGAAGUGAAUCGCCAUACCGCGUCUGCGAAUUGAGUGAAGUCCCCCAACCAUGAAACGCCACCAUCGGUGUGGUGUUCCUUUUCCCCUCCUGCCGUACGAAUGAAGAGUAACAUGUCAAAUUGAAUCAAAUUGAAAGUAAACGAUCAAUCGAAUCUCAAUGAAAAUGAAUGAACCGGAUAUCUCCGAUCGAACAGAUCUCGGUGAACGUGAAUGGAUCGAAUCUGCAUGAUGCUAAUUUCUUAGACGUCCUUGGAUGCGAGCGCCGGUGAUUGUGAAUUGACCGUCGGCGGGGGUUGUCUCUGACGCGCCCGUUGGCCGUGCCGUAGCCAACGUCUCGCAUGUCUCUGUUGAUUUUUGUCUCUCCUCUCGCGCAGCCCUGAGAUUUUUUUUUUUUACGAGCGAUGAUGUUGGCGCCAUGAGGCAGUGCCAGGAAUGGGUGGUGGUGGUGGUGGUGGUGACGACAUCACCAUGUGUGGGGACAUCUCCAUGUGUGCGCGUGCGGGGGUUUUGUCUUUUGAAGGUUCCCUUUUUACGUUUGUUUGAUUUUUUUAUAUAUAUAUUUGUUUAAUACUCCCCGAACGUUAGCGUGUGUGUUGCCGUGGUUGGUUGUGCGUCUCGUACGAGGAUGUCGAUAUGCCGCGUUGUGCCGCUGUGUCCCGCUCUGUGGCCCGCUCUGUGUCCCGCUCUGUGUGCCGCUCUGAGGCCCGCUCUGUGUCCCGCUCUGUGGCCCGCUCUGUGUCCCGCUCUGUGUGCCGCUCUGAGGCCCGCUCUGUGUCCCGCUCUGUGGCCCGCUCUGUGGCCCGCUCUGUGUCCCGCUCUGUGUGCCGCUCUGUGUCCCGCUCUGUGGCCCGCUCUGUGUCCCGCUCUGUGUGCCGCUCUGAGGCCCGCUCUGUGUCCCGCUCUGUGGCCCGCUCUGUGUCCCGCUCUGUGUGCCGCUCUGAGGCCCGCUCUGUGUCCUGCUCUGUGGCCCGCUCUGUGGCCCGCUCUGUGUCCCGCUCUGUGUGCCGCUCUGAGGCCCGCUCUGUGGCCCGCUCUGUGUCCCGCUCUGUGGCCCGCUCUGUGUGCCGCUCUGUGGCCCGCUCUGUGUCCCGCUCUGUGGCCUGCUCUGUGGCCCGCUCUGUGGCCCUCUCUGUGUGCCGCUCUGUGGCCCGCUCUGUGGCCCGCUCUGUGGCCCGCUCUGUGUCCCGCUCUGUGGCCCGCUCUGUGUGCCGCUCUGUGUGCCGCUCUGUGGCCCGCUCUGUGUCCCGCUCUGUGGCCCGCUCUGUGGCCCGCUCUGUGGCCCGCUCUGUGGCCCGCUCUGUGUCCCGCUCUGUGUCCCGCUCUGUGGCCCGCUCUGUUGUCCGCUCUGUGUCCCGCUCUGUGUCCCGCUCUGUGGCCCGCUCUGUGGCCCGCUCUGUGGCGCUGUGUGCGGUGCCCAUCGCACCGUCGUGUUUUUUUUGCCGGCCCCUCGCCCCCUUCACCCCCAUCCCCACCACCCCCACCAACCCUGGCCCGUCCAUAAAAAGUAUAUAUACACACACACACAAAAAUGAAAUUGGUGGGGAUUGUUAAGGAGUAGUUUAUCCGAUUGUGACAAGUGAAGAAUUUCCUGGCCUACUGCGUAGGUUUUUGCGGUUUGUGCCGAGUCGCGCCGCGCCUCGUUACGCACGGCCGAUGUCCGACGUUUUGCUCCCAUUGCGUUGGAAGCUUCUCGAGAGAAAUGCAAUUGUUCCGUCUUCGCUCCCACGCGUUGCGGAGCUUGCUCUCUGUUCCCGACAGCCUUGUGCCGGACUACAGGCAGUCCCCCCCCCCGUGUU